CAAAGUUGACAGAGUGGGAGAACGUUACCCAAAGAGAAUGCUGUACAAAUCCUUUUAUACACAGUGUCUUUCUGGCAAGAACUGAAGUCAAAACGUGAAGAGAGUGAACCUCAGUCUCCCAAACAGCUCCAGAAAGGUGAUUAAAAAUGCCUCGUUCCUUCCUGGUCAAGAGUAAAAAGGCCCAUACUUACCAUAAGCCUCGGACCCAGCAAGACGAUCUACUUUGGGCUCAGAUCCCCCCCUCAGCUGCCACCAAUCAGGUCCUGGUGGAAACCAACAUCUUUAAUAGCCAAAACCAAUGCCCAGAAUGGCAUCAAUCCAAAGAAGAUCAUAACAAGGACCGAUGUCUGACCAGGAACACCUCAGUUCCAGAGACUUCCAUCUUGACUCUCCAGGCCCAGGACCAUGACUUGUCCCCUGUCCCACCCCACUACUACAAACCCAGCUUCUCUUGGGAUGCCUUCUCUUCCCCUUAUGGCUAUGGACAGAUCACCUCCACCAUGCAAUCUGCCUUCCUAGAGAACUCAGUAAGCUUGUAUGGCAGCUCACUGGUCCCCAGCUCUGACCCUCCUUUGGACUACAGCCUCCAUUACUCCCCUGGCAUGGAUGCCUAUCACUGUGUCAAAUGCAAUAAGGUGUUUUCUACCCCACAUGGACUGGAGGUUCAUGUCCGGAGGGCCCACAGUGGGACUCGGCCAUUUGCUUGUGAAAUUUGUGGCAAAACCUUUGGCCAUGCAGUCAGUCUUGAACAGCAUGCUCAUAUCCACUCCCAGGGGAUCCCAGCUGGGUCCAGUCCUGCUCAAACGUUCACAAUAAACGACCCUGAGGUCCUGCCUGCACCUGACCCCCCGGGGCCCCGUUUCCUCCGGCAGGAGAGGAGCUUUGAAUGUAAGAUGUGUGGCAAAACCUUCAAGCGCUCCUCCACCCUGUCCACCCAUCUCCUCAUCCAUUCGGACACACGGCCUUAUCCCUGCCAAUACUGUGGCAAGCGCUUCCACCAGAAGUCAGACAUGAAGAAGCACACCUACAUCCAUACUGGAGAGAAACCCCACAAGUGUCAGGUAUGUGGGAAGGCAUUCAGCCAGAGCUCCAACCUGAUCACCCACAGUCGCAAACACACGGGCUUCAAACCCUUUAGCUGUGAGCUCUGUGCCAAGGGCUUCCAGCGCAAGGUAGACCUCCGGCGCCACCGGGAGAGCCAACACAGUCUGAAAUGAAUGAUGCUUCCUCACUGCGAACCCCAGAGUGCCAGCACCUCCCCUGCUGAACCUCAGAGAGAUUGAGUGUUUCUCUACCUUGGGUUCCUCCAGUGUUGAGAAUGAUUCUGAAGAGAGAACCCAGACUGGGAACCAGAUCAUUUGGAUUGUAGUCUGAACUCUGCCAUGGACUCUCAGUGAAACUUUGGACCAAUCUGUUUCUUUGGACAUCAAUUUCUUCCUUUGUACAAUGAAGGGAUUGGGCUAGCUAGUCUCUAAAAUGCUAGGGGAGGGGAAGGGGCCACAGCUAAGUGAUUCAGUAGAUUGAAAGGCAGACUUGGACACAGGAUAUCCUGGGUUCAGACACUUCCUAGCUGUGUGACCUUGGGCAAGUCACUUAACCCCAUUGCCUAGUCCUUACCACUCUUCUGCCUUAGAACCAACACAUUGUACUGAUUCUAAGAUAGAAGGUAAGGAGUUUGUUUGUUUGUUUGUUUUUAAAUAUUAUUUUGGACUUCAUUUUCUAGAGCAAUUUCCAUAACCUGAACUUGAACUAAAUGUGGUUUACUUCAAAGAUGGAAUAAGCCAGAGAUGGAAAGAGUCAGAAAGAAAAAGCUCUCCCACCCUUUCUUUGGUUAUAAAUUUAUUCAUUCAUUCAAUUAACAUUUAUUGAGUGUAUUCUGUGUAUAAGGCUCUGUAAUGGGAGCUGGGAAGGUAGUUUGUCCUUGAUUUGUAUAUACUUUUUUCCCCAAGUAGAUAAUCACAGUGGCUUCUUGGCCUUAGUGGGAAGCACGAGAGACUCGCCCCAAUUUGAACAGCUCUCCAUAAGGUCUCUAGCCCUUCUACCUAGGAGACAGAAUUGUGUACUUCCAGUAGUGACUUCUGUGCUCUCUAUGCCAUUUGGGGGGGGGGGCAUUGUAAAAUAAAAUAAAA